CCUGGCCCGGCCUGGCACUUCUCUCUCUCCUGCCUGCGAUGAUCACAACGAAGCCAGCAGCCAUCUUCGUAUCUUCCAAUGGUAUUUUCGUACAUGCAACAACAUAUUCGCCGCCCUUGAGUGCAUACCACCAUGAGUAGAAGUGGUAUGAAGUGGUAGAGAAGGAAAAACCUGAUGUCGUCGCAAGGCGACGAGACAUAGAGAACACGUGUUUUACAUCAUAUUCUCCUCAAUUCCGUGCUCUUAGACUCUCACCCUCUGCUUCACGCUCGUCCAAGACUCCUGCGCAAAUUCUGUCGUUCAUCAUGCAAUCCCUGGUGGCUUUGCUUUCCCUCGUUUCCCUCGCCGCUCUUGCAAACGCGCAGGCGACAUGCAACGUCACGACGAAGUGUCCCGACUUCGCUCCCUGCUGUAGUGAAUUUGGAUUCUGUGGCUCCACCGAAGCGUUCUGCCUCGGAGGCUGUAAUCCGCUCGACUCGACCUCGCUGGACUCGUGUAAACCGAAUCCGGAUCCACAGCACACCUUCGUCGACAACUCGCGCGUGCUUAGCAACUCCACAUUCUACGACGGCAAUGCAAGCUCCUACGACUGGGUCGUCGAGAGCGGCAACAUCAUGAACACCAACACGUCUGGAGGCGAGCUCGUCCUGAUCCUCACAGAGACCAACGGCGGCACGCGCAUAUCGAGCACCCGAUACUUUCACUACGGUCAAGUCUCCGCUCGGCUGAAGACCGGGCGAUGGGGCGGAACUGUGACCGCUUUCAUUACCAUGAGCGACGUGAAGGACGAGAUCGACUGGGAGUUCCCGGGCAACGCCACGACCGCAGCGCAAUCGAACUACUUUUGGCAAGGACUGGUCACGAAUCCCAAUCACGGCAACAUCUCCAAUGGCCUGUCGGACACGUUUUCCAACUACCAUGAUUACAGCAUCAACUGGCAACCGGAUACGUUGACCUGGUCGAUCGAUGGCAAAGUCGUGCGAACUCUUAACAAAGCGGACACACUCGUCAAUGGCGUAUACCAGUACCCGACGACACCAGCCCGGGUGCAACUCAGUCUGUGGCCUGCAGGGACCUCGACCACCUCGGCUGGGACCGUUGAAUGGUCCGGAGGACUGAUCAACUGGAACGACCCUGACUACGUUGCUGCCGGCCACUUCUACGCUCUUGUGUCGUCCGUCAAUAUCACGUGCAAUGAUCCGACCCCGCCAGCUGCGGGUGUGACUGGAUACACCUAUGCUGUGAACAGCUCGACCAACACCCCCGGUGUCUUGUUCACCAACACGUCGACCAACAUCAACACUGCUCCCCGGCUGCGGGACAUGGCGGCUACUGGGCUGCGCUCGGUUCUUGGCGGUGCGGUUUUGGUCGGGGCUCUCAGUCUGCUCGUAUAGAUGGACUGUCUGUUGUAUAUAUCAACGAUCUAAUCUCUCGUGGAAUUAUACCCUGC